AUGUUCCUGGAUGAGAAAUUAAAAACUAUAACAACGCAUUUGGCAAAGAGCGUUGGUGUUUUUUUGGAGCUUGCUCCACAGUUUGAUGUGAUGCACCGGGAUCAAAUGUUUAUACAGAUAUCGUCACAAGUGAAAAAGAACAAAUUGGACGUUCGUGCCCAGUUCAAUUAUGCCCUGUUGCUCUAUUCAACAGGAAAGGUAUAGCCACAAUAUUCAAUCAAGGCAACUUAUAGACUUUUAAAGCAUGCCAAAACGUUAAAUCAUUCGCAUCCGAUCUUUUAUGAUAUAGAAACUAUCGCCUUCGGCUUGAGUUUGCAUAUCUGAUAAAGAUCGCCGGAUCGGCUGCAAAUGUGUUAACUAUAGAGUAUAGUACACAUUAUCCUAAAAGUACAACGUAUUUCAGAUCAUUUUUUUAUUGAACCACAUAGCUAUAAGCACGUAAUUAUUUUUCUAUAUUUCUUCUAAUUAGAUGCUAGAAAAGGUGGGUUUGAAAGACCGUUUUUUCCCCGGACUGCUGGAGUUUUUCUGUAAUGUAGUUACGCAGCAGUACAAAAACAGUAUACUAACUGACACACAGCCUUCAAGUUCAAGAGUAGCUGAAACACCAACGUUAACAAACGACAUGACGGCAAUUUUAAUUGCUAUAGUCACAAGCGCUACCAAAAGUCCAAUUGAGGUAAGUUACAUGAUAGACUCCACUCUCUAGGCUAUAGCUCAGACAAGGUUUAUGGGGGGGGGGGGGGUGUUGACUCUGAAACAAUUAUGACUAAUUCAAUGUAAUGAAAAUAUCAAUUUGAUAUGCCAUACGGCUAGUUUUUCUAAUUUUAGCAUUGUCUAUAAUUCCUUAAUUAUUUAAAACGUCGAUUACUCAUUCAAUAUACUGCAUGGAUUAUCUUAAUAUUGACUGUCGGUUACUUUGUAUCAAUCUCGAACCCUUUAAUUAAAACCUAUCAAGCAGAUUAAACAGUAACGAGAGAGUAAAGUGAAUGAAAUUUUAACAUAUUUAGGUGUGUCAAUUCUUCGUACCAAAAUUUUACGCCAGAGCUUGUGGUUGUGGAGAGGUGUUUGGAUUUAAGGUGACUGAUGCGUUGGAAUACCUAGGCAAAAGCAAUAAAGGGUUGGAGAACGCAUUAAAGAAGUCACAUUCGGACAUCUCGUCUGGGAUGUAA